AUGGAUUUCAUUGUCAGGGGGUGGACAAACACGUUUUUGAUUACUGAUCGCCGUACUGUUCAAAGACCAAGAACAAUAACAAGUAAGACACAGAUGGCUGGUCAAUUCUCCGGGCAGGUGCCCAAUCAACCAUUGCCUGCCCUGCCACAUCAGCAGAACAUGAUGCAAAACAGUGUAGGAGGUCAGCGUACUACACUCAUUAUGGAGCCUAGUUUUGUCAAGGCAAGGCGAUUCAUACAAGAGAAAAUCUAUGCUUUUCUCAUGCAACGACAACAAACACAAGAGAUAGCCCAAAAGAAAGUGCUCGAUAUUGUUAAACGAUUAGAGGAAGGCCUUUUUAAAAUUGCUACCUCCAAGGAGGAGUAUAUGAACUUGGAGACAUUAGAAAUUCGGCUACAUAGUUUGAUCAAACGUCUCCCAUUGAAUAAUCAAAAUCAGCAAUAUCAGCAGCAAGGGAAUAGUAAUACCUCUGUUGCAAUGGGAAUCAUGAUUCCGACUCCGGGCGUAUCUCAAACCGGGAAUUCAAGCGUAACUGUUCAAUCAUCUAUGGAUCACUCGUUUUCAAAUGGGGGAGGGUUGACUAAUGGAUAUCAACGGUCAACAUCCAAUUUUGCCAUGGGUUCAGGUGGGAACAGCAUGAUUUCAUCAAUGAGUGCACAAAGAAUGGCAACCCAAAUGAUACCUACUCCUGGAUUUAGUAACAACAACAACAACAACAAUGGCAAUAUUAAUAAAACUGGUAAACAGUCUUACAUGAAUGCGGAUUCAUCUAAUAAUCUUGUUGGGAUUUCGGGUGUGGAUUCUACAAUUGUUUCUAGGCCACUAAAUCAAAAACAGCAAGUUGGUGGUCAAAAUAGUCAAAUCUUGCAUAAUGUUGGAAGCCAUAUGGCUGGUGGAAUUAGGUCUAGUUUGCAGCAAAAAGCCUAUGGGUUUCAAAAUGGAUCAAUAAACAAUGUAGGGAUGAUGAAUAACAACAAUUUACAGAUGAUGAAUGGCUCAGGAUCUCGUUCUGUAAACUCCCAAACACCGCAUUUUGAUACAAAUCAGCAGCAAAUGUCAUCACAUGGUGGUGGUACUGUUGAUUCUUUAAAUUCCGGGAACUUUUAUGGCGGCACAACCUCCCGGAACAUGAAUCCGGUGAGCUUGCAGGCGUUACAUAAAACAAGUUCCCCAUUGAUGAAAAAUCAAUCAAAUUUGAAAAAUACCGAGCAAAAGAUGGGUUUUCAGGGUCAACAGCCUCUUCAUUUACAGCAACAACAGCAACAGAUGCUGCAAAUUCAGCAGAAUCAACGGGUGUCGUUUGGAAAGUCUCAGAUGAUAUCUGAUUCCGGUGGUCAAAUAAAGUCAGAGCCUGGAAUGGAAUCUCAAAAUGAAGGUUUGCAGGCACAAGUUAAUGAACAAUUCCAGUCAUCCAUGGCAACUAAUAAGUUACCAAUGGCAGAAACUUCACAGCAGAUUCUACAACACCAAUUUGAUGUGGACUCCCCAAAUGAACCAGAGGGUCAAUGGGAUUCAAAUUCAAGAUUGGGUAACAUGUCUUAUGAUCCGAAUUUUCAAGAGGAAUUUCAUCAAAGAAUAACAGGGCAAGAUGAAGCUCAAAGGAAUAAUCUAUCUUCAGAAACAUCUGGUAAUAAUUCCAGGGCUAUGGGUGAAAACCCUAACCCUAAUUCAAACCUUGAGUUACAGUAUGAGAAGCAACAAAGAUGGAUUUUGUUCUUGCGACAUGCUCGCAAAUGUGUUCAUCCACCUGGCAAAUGCCCAGAACCCAAUUGCAUAACAGCUCAAAAACUAUGGAAUCAUAUGGCAUCAUGCAAAGAUCUUGUUCGAUGCCGAUUCCCUCGUUGUCGUGUGACAAAACAUCUACUCCAUCAUCACUGGAAUUGUCGGGAUCCAGCUUGUCCGGUUUGUGUUCCGGUUAACCGUUACGUGCAACUAAAAACCAGCAUUCGUACUGAUUCCGAUUCCAAUUCCAAUUCCAUUUCCAAUUCCGGUCUUCCACCUGAUCACCAUAGUGAUCAUGCUGGCAUACAUGCUAUGAAAACGAGUCCAUCUGUGGUUGAAACUUCAGAAGCUUUACACCCGCCCAUGAAACGCAUAAAGAUCGAACCACCGUCAGAAUCACUACCUACCGGAAUUGAUAAUUCCAACGUACCAAUUCCCAUCUCUAAUACCCUAGAAGCUCUUAAAGAUGCACCGGUUGAAGAAGAUCUAGCUGUUAUUCCUAUAAAGUCUGAAGUCAAAACAGAUCUCCCUGCAACAUCUGUACAGAAGUCUGAAAGUACACAAAGUGUGGAGUUUGUUAAGACUGAAAAAGAGGUGGAAUCGGAAACUUGUGGUGUAACAAAGUCCGGAAAGCCGAAAAUAAAGGGAGUAUCAAUGAUGGAAUUGUUUACUCCGGAGCAGAUUCGGGAACAUAUUGCAGGUCUCAGACAGUGGGUGGGCCAGAGUAAAGCAAAGGUGGAAAAGAAUCAAGCUAUGGAGAGUUUAGUGAACGAGAAUGCUUGUCAGUUAUGUGCAGUUGAAAAGCUUAGUUUUGAACCACCACCUAUAUACUGCACACCUUGUGGUGCUCGUAUCAAAAGAAAUGCAAUGUUUUACACCAUUGGAAUCAGUGACACCCGCCAUUAUUUUUGUAUUCCCUGCUAUAACGAGACACAUGGAGAGACCAUAAAUGUUGAUGGAACUAAUAUUCUAAAGUCAAGAAUGGAGAAAAAGAAAAACGACGAAGAGACUGAAGAAUGGUGGGUUCAAUGCGACAAAUGUGAAGCUUGGCAACAUCAAAUAUGCGCAUUAUUUAAUGGUAAAAGAAACGAUGGAGGAGAAGCCGAAUACACUUGUCCAAAUUGUUACACAGAAGAAGUGGAAAAAGGAGAAAGGAUUCCCCUACCUCAAAGUUCGGUUCUUGGUGCAAAAGAUUUGCCUCGAACAAUUCUCAGUGAUCAUAUAGAGAAUCGGCUGUUUAAGAGAUUGAAACAGGAACGAAUGGAAAGAGCAAGGUUCCAUGGGAGAACUUAUGAUGAGGUUCCUGGAGCUGAAUCGCUUGUUGUCAGAGUUGUCUCGUCCGUUGACAAGACAUUGGAAGUGAAACAAAGAUUUGUUGAAAUGUUUGAAGAUGAAAAUUAUCCCAAGGAGUUUGGGUAUAAAUCAAAGGUAGUUUUGUUGUUCCAGAAGAUUGAAGGAGUAGAAGUAUGUCUUUUUGGGAUGUAUGUCCAAGAAUUUGGGACAGAAUCUCAGAACCCAAAUCAUCGCCGUGUUUAUCUUUCUUAUUUGGAUUCUGUUAAGUACUUCAGACCAGAUAUUAAAACCGUAACAGGAGAGGCACUUCGCACCUUUGUAUAUCAUGAAAUUCUGAUUGGUUAUCUAGAAUACUGUAAAUUACGUGGCUUCACAAGUUGCUAUAUAUGGGCUUGCCCUCCAUUAAAGGGCGAAGACUAUAUUUUAUAUUGCCAUCCUGAAAUCCAGAAGACACCGAAGUCUGAUAAACUAAGGGAAUGGUAUUUGGCUAUGUUAAAGAAGGCUAUGAAGGAAAAUGUUGUGGCUGAGCUUACUAAUUUAUAUGACCACUUCUUUAUAUCAUCUGGUGAGUGUAAAGCUAAAGUAACUGCAACCAGAUUGCCAUAUUUUGAUGGUGAUUAUUGGCCUGGUGCUGCUGAAGACAUAAUCUAUCAACUUGGUCAAGAAGAAGAUGGAAGAAAGUUAAACAAAAAAGGGCCGAUUAAAGUUAAAAAACUCAUAACAAAACGAGGCCUAAAAGCCUCGGGUCAAACCGAUAUUUCCAAAGAUCUUCUACUCAUGCAUAGGCUUGGUGAAUUGAUUUCCCCAAUGAAGGAGGAUUUCAUCAUGGUUCACUUGCAACCUGCGUGCACUCAUUGUUGUGUUCUAAUGGUGUCUGGAAAGCGAUGGGUUUGUCACCAAUGCAAGAAUUUUCGUCUAUGUGAUAGGUGUUACGAAAUCGAACAAAAGCUUGAUGAGAGAGAAAAACAUCCUAUUAACCACAGGGAGAAGCAUGCACUAUAUCCCAUCGAAAUCAACGGUGUGCCAACAGACACAAAAGACAAAGACGAGAUUCUGGAGAGUGAAUUUUUUGAUACGCGACAGGCUUUUUUGAGUCUUUGCCAAGGAAACCACUACCAAUACGACACUCUUCGGCGUGCAAAACAUUCCUCAAUGAUGGUUUUGUAUCACCUUCACAAUCCAACCGCCCCGGCAUUUGUUACAUCAUGUAACAAAUGCCACCUGGACAUCGAAACGGGACAAGGCUGGCGGUGCGAGCUUUGUCCCGAUUUCGAUGUCUGCAAUGCAUGUUAUGUAGGAAUCGAUCAUCCUCAUAACUUGACAAAUCAUCCCUCCACUGCUGAACGCGAUGGACAAAAUAAAGAAGCCCGACAACAACGAGUUUUACAGCUUAGGAAAAUGCUUGAUCUUUUGGUGCAUGCGGCUCAAUGUCGAUCGGCACUUUGCCAGUAUCCGAAUUGUCGCAGAGUGAAAGGGCUUUUUAGACACGGGAUUAAUUGUAAGACACGCGCUUCCGGUGGUUGUCUUCUUUGUCACAAAAUGUGGCAUUUACUCCGACUUCAUGCUCGCGCUUGUAAAGAAUCUCAAUGUCAUGUCCCACGUUGCAGAGAUUUAAAUGAACAUUUGAGAAGGCUGCAACAACAGUCGGAUAGCCGGCGGAGGGUGGCGGUUAUGGAGAUGAUGAGGCAGCGUGCUGCUGAGGCUGCUAGCAGCACUUGAUCAGGGGCAAACUUGUAAAUAUUCUUGAUAUACACAGGCAGAUGAAGUGGGCAUUUUGGUCAAAGUUUUAACUGCAUUGACGACGAAAAGGAAGGGACAAUUGUUUUUAAAGAGCGAUUUGAGUGUAGUGUAUUAUAGUUAUCUUUCUCUUUUUGUUUCAUUUUUUUUCUUGGAUAUGAGUAACGUUUUUGGUGUCUUUUGUUUUUAUGGAAACGUGGAACAAUUCUUUGUUAGAGAGGGAAGGGAAUAAACAGAAAUUACAGUUGUGGACAUUUAUGGUUAUCUUUUUGUUGGUGUUUUAUUUAUUUAUUUAUUUA